AUGGCGGCGGCGGAGGGUGAUGAGGCGCCGUUGGAGGCAGCCGAGGCUGCGAAGAAGGCCGAGGAGGAGAGGAUGAUCAGGCUUCUCGAGAAGUGUCACGAGGAGAGGAUCCGGUUCGGCAUCACGGCGGAGAGCCAGGCAGCGGCGUCGGCAGAGGUGGCCGAGGCGGUGCGCUUGGACGCUGCGGCGGACGAGGCGGAAGAGGAGGCGGAGGCGGACAAGGCGGAGGAGGUGGCUGCCGUGGCGGCGCUGGCGGCUGCCGAGGUGGCGAGGGCGGAGGCCAGGGCGGCGCAUGCGGAGGCCAGGGCGGCGCAUGGAGAGGCCAGGGCUGCGUUUGAGAAAAUCAAGGCGUCGCUAGAGGCGGCGGCGGCGGCACUGAGCGGGACCGGGUCGGCGUUGGAGGGGAGCGAGACAGCGCUCGAGGAGGCGGCGGCUGCUGCGGAGGCGAGGGGUGCCGCUGCGGCCGCGUCGAUGGCCAGGGCGGUCGAGGCGGAGAAGAAGCGCGCCAAGGGCAAGAAGGGCAAGAAGAAGAAGAAGGGCGGAGGGGCGGGCGCGGCUGGGCCGUCGCAGGAGACGGAGGAGGGCGCCGAGGCGCCGUUGGAGGCAGCCGAGGCUGCGAAGAAGGCCGAGGAGGAGAGGAUGAUCAGGCUUCUCGAGAAGUGUCACGAGGAGAGGAUCCGGUUCGGCAUCACGGCGGAGAGCCAGGCAGCGGCGUCGGCAGAGGUGGCCGAGGCGGUGCGCUUGGACGCUGCGGCGGACGAGGCGGAAGAGGAGGCGGAGGCGGACAAGGCGGAGGAGGUGGCUGCCGUGGCGGCGCUGGCGGCUGCCGAGGUGGCGAGGGCGGAGGCCAGGGCGGCACAGGCGGACGCCAGGGCAGCGUUGGAGGAGGCCGAGGCGGCGUUGGAGGAGGCCAAGGCGGCGUCGCACAGGGUCGAUUUGGCGUUCGAAGGGAGCGAGACAGCGCUCGAGGAGGCGGCGGCCGCUGCGGAGGCAAGGGGUGCCGCUGCGGCCGCUUCGAUCGCCAGGGCGGUCGAGGCGGAGAAGAAGCGCGCCAAGGGCAAGAAGGGCAAGAAGAAGAAGAAGGGCGGAGGGGCGGGCGCGGCUGGGCCGUCGCAGGAGACGGAGGAGGGCGCCGAGGCGCCGUUGGAGGCAGCCGAGGCUGCGAAGAAGGCCGAGGAGGAGAGGAUGAUCAGGCUUCUCGAGAAGUGUCACGAGGAGAGGAUCCGGUUCGGCAUCACGGCGGAGAGCCAGGCAGCGGCGUCGGCAGAGGUGGCCGAGGCGGUGCGCUUGGACGCUGCGGCGGACGAGGCGGAAGAGGAGGCGGAGGCGGACAAGGCGGAGGAGGUGGCUGCCGUGGCGGCGCUGGCGGCUGCCGAGGUGGCGAGGGCGGAGGCCAGGGCGGCACAGGCGGACGCCAGGGCAGCGUUGGAGGAGGCCGAGGCGGCGUUGGAGGAGGCCAAGGCGGCGUCGCACAGGGUCGAUUUGGCGUUCGAAGGGAGCGAGACAGCGCUCGAGGAGGCGGCGGCCGCUGCGGAGGCAAGGGGUGCCGCUGCGGCCGCUUCGAUCGCCAGGGCGGUUGCAGCCAGGAUGGCGGCGGAUGCGGCCCAGGAGCGCUCGUAG